CAGGCCACGGUGCACCGGCAAUCCUAACAGCGCUCUGGAUGGAAGGUUCUUUGGAGAGAUUUUAUCCAGACUAUAGCUGAGACACAAAGGGCCUUACGAAGCUGAUCACGACGUUCAGUACCACAGGCGGAUUUUCAAGUCAUAUCAAUGCCGAAACUCCAGGAGCAAUCCACGAAGGCGGCGAAUUGGGAUACGCUCUAUCCGUUUCGUUUGGGGCGGUCAUGGACAAGCCGGAUUUGAUUGUCACAUGUAUCAUCGGCGACGGCGAAGCAGAAUCUGGGCCGACAGCAACGGUCCUGGCACGUAUUCGAAUAUAUUGACCCCGCAGAAUCAGGAGCAGUAUUGCCUAUUCUUCAUCUCAAUGGAUUUAAAAUUAGUGCACGAACUAUAUUCGGAUGCAUGGAUGAUCGCGAGCUUAUUGCUUUGUUUGUCGGAUAUGGCUAUCAACCACGAAUUAUCGACGAUAUGAAACAUAUUGAUGCCGAUUUUAAUGCAGCUUUGGAAUGGGCAUUGGCUGAAAUCCGCGAAAUACAGAAGGCUGCUCGUUCGGGAAAUCCGAUCAUGAAACCUCGUUGGCCUGUUUUGAUUCUGCGAACUCCGAAGGGAUGGACCGGUCCAAAACAAAUCCAUGGUCAAAUUGUUGAAGGUUCUUUCAAUGCCCACCAAGUCCCUCUUCCCGCCGCCAAGAAGGACCAGGAAGGAUUAAAGACACUGAACGAAUGGCUCUCAUCGUAUAAGCCGCAGGAACUAUUUACAGAAGGUGGUGGUUUGACUGAUGAUAUCAAUGCAAUCAUCCCUCGAAAUGACCUGAAAAAGCUGGGGCAGCGAAGUGAGGUUUAUGAAUCGUACAAGGCACCCAAACUGCCCAAUUGGAAGAAAUUUGGAAUCGAGAAGGGCAAGCAGGAAAGUUCUAUGAAAGCCAUCGCUGAGUUUAUUGAUCAAGUUUUCGUCGAUAAUCCUCACUCUGUCAGGUUGUUUUCACCAGACGAGCUGGAGAGUAAUAAACUUGGUGGUGCGCUGGCACACACGGGAAGGAACUGCCAGUGGGACCAGAUCGCCAACGCCCAGGGGUACACAUUGACUGGUCGAGUGGGUAUAUUUCCUUCGUAUGAGAGUUUCCUUGGCAUCAUUCAUACAAUGAUGGUUCAAUUUUGCAAGUUCACUAAUAAGAUGGGCCUAGAGACCUCAUGGCGCCGAGACAUUGCUAGUAACAACUACAUCGAGACAAGCACCUGGACUCGGCAAGAGCACAAUGGAUUUUCGCAUCAAAACCCAUCGUUCAUUUCGGCAGUGUUGAAUCUAAAACCAAACGCGGCCCGCGUUUACCUACCACCGGACGCAAACACAUUCCUUUCUACGCUAAACCAUCGCUUGAAGUCCAAGAACUAUAUCAAUCUCAUGGUUGGGUCCAAGCAGCCCACGCCUGUAUUUUUGAGCCCGGAUGAAGCAGAAAGGCACUGUCGCGGUGGUGGUUCGGUUUGGAAAUUCGCGUCUACCGACGAAGGGAGGGAUCCAGAUGUGGUUCUCGUUGGUAUCGGUACUGAACUCACAUUCGAAGUCAUCCGGGUAGCCGCUCUACUUAGAGAACGGGUUCCAGAGCUGCGUGUGCGCGUAGUUAAUGUAAUGGAUUUAAUGAUCCUUAGCAGGGAGACGAGCCACCCGCAUGCCCUGUCAGACGAAGCAUUCAGCGCUCUCUUCACACGCGAGCGUCCGAUCCACUUCAAUUAUCAUGGAUACGAAACCGAAAUGAAGGGACUUCUCUUUGGAAGACCAAAUAUGGAACGGGUUACAAUUGCGUCAUAUAUGGAAGAGGGAAGUACCACGACACCAUUUGAUAUGAUGUUGGCCAACCGAGUUUCUCGAUUCCAUGUUGCUCAGGCUGUAGUUCGUGGCGGUGCCAUUAGGGUCGAGGAUGUUAUGAUAAGGAGACAAGAGUUGCUUUCUGAGUUUGACCAUGAUGUGAAUGAGGCGAGGGAGUAUAUCCUGCAGCACCACAAGGAUCCUGACGACAUGUAUGACAUGCCAAAAAUUUUUAAUUAGGAUAUAGGGCCAGAGAAGAAUCACAUAUAUACAUGUGAAGUAUACACGCGGGCAGUGUUAGGCGCAUGCAAACUACCUGCUGUGGAUGGCCGUCCUCGGUGAUAUUCGUUGAAGUUCAAGGCGGAAUCUUCGUUGCGGAUAUGGAUUUUCUCGUGAUAGAUAGUUUCGUGAAUAGGUUGAAUAAUGCCAUAUCCAUCUUGUAAUAGUAUAUCACUUAUUAAUU